AACAAUUACUUCAGUUAACUCAUACUCUCAGAUUCAAUUUUGAAUCAAACAUGGCGUUGUUGUUUAUUCUCAGUGCAACUGUUUUGUGUAUUAACAGUGCACCUUUGGCAGAUGAGAAUGGAAUUAAUGCUGGCGAUUUAAACGGCGAGAAUUUAAUGGAGUUUGGGAAGAAACUCAAAUUACCUGCAUUACAAAUGAUAGGAAAGACAAUUGACAAUAUGGAAAAGGAAAUCGAUGUCCAAAUAUGUGCCCUUCACCCUUGCUCAGAAUGGACGGAAUGGUCCGGUUGCACAGCUCGAUUUGGUCAGUUCGGUUCAAAAUUCAGGACAAGGCGUUGCAAUGUGAAUAUGACAAGUUGUGAGAUAGAGUCUAACAGUAGAGCAGAGAAAGAGUUUGAAAUUUGUAUCAUGGAUAUGGCUUGUCCUAAUGGGUAUAAUCUCACAAAGAAUGGGUAUUGCAUGAAGUUUGAUGCUGUCAAACAAGUGACAAAAACUGUCGCAGAGCAGCAAUGUCAAAAGGAUGGUGGUCAUCUGUUGAAUAUCGACUCUGAACUGAAGUACAAGGACGUCAUUGGUCAUCUUAAUGGCUUCAGUACUGCUGGAAUCUGGAUAGACGGACAUCGCAAAGAUGUGAAUUCUCCAUGGAAGUACACAUAUGGAUCUCAAAAAGGAUUUUUCAAGUGGUUGUCAGGACAGCCAGAUAACAACUCGGAUGAGCUUUGUUUAGUAAUUGUUUUUUCUAGCGGCGACAUAACUUGGCGUGAUGUUACAUGUACAUAUUCGUUCUACUCAAUUUGUGAAAUAACUAAGACCUUGUAGUACAUGUAUCAACACAAGAGUCAAAUUUAGUGGGAACGAAUAUAAAUGUCAUUAACAGAAAACUCAGUUAUAAAUGAUUGUGUAAAUAUUUUCUUCCAUAUGAUACUUAGUCAAAAUGAUACGUUUUUAUAUAAAACAUACAUAUUUAAUCGGCUCUUAUGUCAAAUUUAUUAUAAAGAAAGAAAAUAAUAUAUUUAUCUAUGUCAUUAUCACAUCGAUACAUUGAUACUCAUGAAAAAAGAAAUAAAAAUAAAAAAGAUCAAU